AUGUCCUCCCUGUUCUUCCCACUAGUUCAAUGGCUCUUCCCGAUCAUUGGCCACAUGGGUAUCUGCACAUCGACUGGAGUCAUUCGGGACUUCGCGGGGCCGUAUUUUGUCUCAGAAGACAACAUGGCAUUUGGGAAGCCAGUGAAGUACUGGAAACUGGAUCCCAGCAAAGUAUACUCCACCAGUCCCAACGCUUGGGACACGGCCGUACACGAUGCCUCAGAGGAGUACAAGCACCGAAUGCACAACCUUUGCUGUGAUAACUGCCAUUCUCAUGUGGCUCUGGCCUUAAACUUGAUGAGAUACGAUAACAGCACCUCCUGGAACAUGGUGAAGCUCUGCUUCUUCUCACUCCUGUAUGGGAAGUAUGUAAGCAUAGGGGGAUUUGUGAAGACCUGGCUUCCCUUUGUCCUCUUCUUGGGGGUGAUCGUGACCGUUGUUCUGACGCUUCAUUUGCGGUGA